AUGAUGUUGCAGUCAUCUUUGUGGUGCUAUGAGGAUUCCUGGCUCAGGCUUUUUGCUCAACCACUGCUGAGGUUCCUAGGCUUCAUCUUCUGGGGCACUGCUGCAGCUCUGGCCUUUGGUGGAGUUUCUGUGAUCCUGAUGUACAAGAACUACAGAUAUUUAUUUCAGGAGUCUUUCUUGUUUCUGCCUGGCUGUUUGGCUGUUGCAGCUGCGCUUAUCUUGCUACCUGCUGGAGUUUUGGCUGUCUCUAGUUCUGCUAACAGCCCCCGCUAUAAGCAAGGGGCUCUCAUGUACUUGUUGGUGGUCCUUCUUUGCCUAGGAAUGUCUUUGGCAGUUCUGUCACAUUCCUACUCUAUUUGGAUGGCUUCUGAGCUGAAAAGCACUAUGGGUCACCUCUUCUAUCAGUACAAUGGGGCACCCUCCCAGGGUCCUGGUAGCAGGGCUGUGGAUGUGGUGCAGAAGAAGCUGCAGUGUUGUGGGGUCCAAAACUAUACAGACUGGCUAAAGGCAACAGCUGUUUCUCAGCAUCUGCCUGCUGAAGAUUCUCGUGUCCCUGAAAGUUGCUGUAAGGAGAUGUAUUCUCACUGCAGGGGUGACUUAGACCAUCUGGAGCAGCUUUUUCAGGAAGGUUGUCUAAAGAAGCUGGAAGACCAGUUGCGUUUUGUCAUGCUCUACAUGUUUUGGUGCUGUGUUGUGCUAAGUGUCUUAGAGCUGUUGGCUGGUGUCAGCAAUGGCAUCCUCAUGAGGAAACAGCCUCUCUGUGACCUCCGAAUUCUAGAGUCAUCUACCUUUGUAUAG